AUGAACCUAUUAAAACUAGCUUUUGAUGAGAAAGAAUUUUAUUAAAACCCAACACUAAUAGAAAACAUGGAAUUUAUUCUGAUUGAUGCUUUAAAAACUGAAAUAUCAAUUCAAAUAAAUUGUAUUUUCAAUUAUGAAAAUAUACUGUUUUAUGUAACUAUAACAUUAAAUCAAUUAAAUUAAUCUUUUGAAUAAAAUAUCUUAAAAAUUCUUAGAAAUAUGUAAGAGAAAGAGAAAAUAAUAUAUACUGACAAAAACUUUGCCAUAUUUGGAAAUUACCCAUAUUAUACUAUAUUUGAUUUAAGAUAAGAAUAAUAAUUUUAUGAUUCGAUUGUUAAAAUGAAAAAUGAUUUUCGUAUGGUAAUAUAAGAUUAUAAUAAUACUCAUUAUAUUUUAUUUAAUCCUUAAAUAUAAGAAGCAUAUUUAAUAGAAAUUGGAUAUGAAAUUAAUAUUUUAAAUAAAGAGAAAACUAGUGAAUGUGUAUUAAUUGCUGAAAAUAAUAUAUCAAAAGCUGAAAUAUAAGUAUUCUAUUAAUAUGAAGAAUUUAAUAAUAAUCUUGAUUAAAAAAAUAUUAUUAUAAUAUCUAUAAUUAUAAUAUGUAUAUUCAUAGUAAUAAUUAUAUUUAUAAUAAGAAGAUAAAAAUUAAAGAAACAUAAUUAAAAAUUAUUUUAGUCAAUAUCAUAAUUAGAUUAAUCAAAACUAUAAUGA